UACCACAGUUUUUUCUGUUAGAUGCUAUGCUACUCUCAUAUCUUGGUUAAAUGGAAACAAGACGUCAAUGCCAUUUGCCGUACCAGCUUUAUGGCGUGGACCUAGUAAUCAUUUUUAUGAUUGCUACUUUUGGAUGACUGACAUACGUGAAUUUUCAAAAGAAAAUCAAGCAUGUCAUUCAGUAUCCUGAAAUUCCUUUAUAUUUGAAACAAGUACCUCACAAAAAAGAAAUGCCUCCUCCAUUACCUCAUACCAAAAAUGAAAUUGGGAUUUCAGAAGCGCAAGAUAUGCCAAAUGUUGUAAAAUAUAAUGACGACAGACGCCUGGUUAUCACUGUAAAAUAGUUUUUAGGGAACCAUAGAGCCGAAAAUGCGGAACAGCUACUUAACUAUAUGUUAAAAGCAUACGAAAAGUUGGGUUGUAGAAUGCCGUUAAAAAUUAACUUUCUUCAUUUUCACUUUUCUUUUUUUCUAUCUAAUCUUGGUGCUGACUGUGAUGAGAAGUUCCACCAAUAUAUAAAGAAGCUUGAAGAACGAUUGCUAGGCCAUUGGGAUACAACUAUGCUAGGCGAUUACUGCUGGCGUCUAAAAUGAGAAGGUCCUUCAAAACACAAAAGAUAAAGAAAAAUUUAAAGAUGGUCGUGUUGGUACUCUUUAUCUCAACCACACUUGCUUCAGUAAAAAAUGAAGAUCCAACAGAAGAGAAGGCAUCUAACAAACCAUUCGUUUCUGAAGUGUUCGGACCGGGAGACACUUCAAAAUCGUUACAAGAAAAAUCUAAAGGCGACUAUAAUAUAAAAACUGACGUAGCAGACGUCGAGAAACAUUCCGAAAUGAUAAUUCCAGACAUAAACGAUGAUAUUACUUUACAACAAAAUAAUAACAUUCCUACUGAUAAACAACAGCUGGUUCUAAACGUUGUUACACCAAACUCAGCCAGCCGAUCUGAUCAAAGCCAACAACCUUUCUAUGGCACACAAUCUGCAAUUUUGCUUGGCCCACAGCCUGAGAAUAUUCAACCUAAUAGUUUUCUGACACCACAAGUAGACUUCAUUGGUUCACAACCAAACAACCAGCAACCAAACGGCUACAACCAACAACUAAACAGUUACCAUAACCAACAACAAAACAUUAAUACUCUCAACAAUCAACAACUAAAUGGUUAUGACCAACAACCAUAUGGCUACAACCAACAACCAAUCGCUUACAACCAGCAACCAAAUAUGGUCAAUUUACCACCCAAUGGUUUCAAUCAACAACCGAAUGAUUACAACCAACAACCAAAUAAAAUCAAUUUGCCACAAAAUGGAUACAGUCAACAACUAAAUAGCUAUAACGAACAACCCAACAGCUACAACGAACAACUGAACAGUAAUAAUCAACAAUCAAAUAGCUACAACCAACAACCAAACAACUAUAACCAACAACCAAACUACUAUAACCAACAACCAAACAACUAUAACCAACAACCAAACAACUAUAACCAACAACAAAAUGGCUACAACCAACCACAAAACGGAUACAACUACCAACCUGGUCUUUAUAACCAGCACGUAGGAUUUAACCAACAACCGAAUGGUUUCAACCAGCAGCAACAACCAAAUGUAUUCACUCCUCAGUUAAAUGGUUACAACCAACAACCAAACGGUUACGCCCAACCACAGAGCGGAUACAAUAACCAACCUGGUGUCUACUACCAGCAAGUAGGGUAUCACCAGCAACCAAACGGCUAUAUUCAGCAACCGAAUAAUUAUAACCAACUGCAGAACGGUUUCAUCCAGCAAAGUAAUAAUCCACAACCGAUUAACUAUAACCAACGAUUUAAUGACUUAACAAAUCAACAGCAUCAACAAUCAUCUGUCUCGGUGCAGCAACCCAAUCAACUUACGUCGGUUACAAACAAUCAACAACCGUUGAUGAAAGCAAAUGAAAGUAAUCUGCCAAACCAAAACAAUUUGUAUACUGUGGUACCAAUUAAUGGGGUUGCCACAGUUUCAAACCCUAUUCCGCCUAUUAAUAAUAAUAAUGCAUUGCUUGUUCCUGUACAACAAGUUCCUUCCAAUUCUGUCUUGCUAAUACCGAGUAAAGACACCAGUUAAUUAAAUUGACUAAUGUUAUAUAUACAUAUUUAUUGUGACAAUUAUACUGAUAAACCUAUCAUAAUAAAUAAAAAAUCCAUUAAACCUCG